CUGUGCUACAUAUAUGUAUGUAUAAGUUCAAAAGUUGUGAAGUUAGUGUUUGAUCAAUAUUCAGUUGCUCCAUAAAUUUUUACUAAACGACUGUUGUCAUAUUCAUUCUUUCUUUUAUUUAAGGUCAUACUAUAUUUGUGUACUUUUUGCAACAAUUAAUUACAUUAAAAUAUAGUUUAUAACUGUUAAUUUAUAAAAACUAUGCCUAGAAGACAAAUAAUAAAUCAAUAUGUGCAGGAAUGUUAUGUCUACAUGUAAAAAGAUGUCGAAAAAUCAAACAUAAGAUUGCAAACAUAAUACAAGAAAACAAUAUAAAACUGAAGAAUAACAUUGGAUUAUCAGAUAAUGGCUGGAAAAUAUGAAUCAAAUAAAAUAAUAUGCUUCAAUAGUUACAAAUACUUUCGUCAACCAAUUGUACCAUUUUUAAUGCACAAAACACAGGAUAUAACUUCUCCUGUGCGUUUUCAUCAUGAUGUAAAUGACAUACACCUAGUACUAAAUACAAUUAAAUCAGAGACACACAGAAAUGUGGGAACCCAAACAGAUUAUAGGGAUAGUGAAUCCCAAACUGUUCCUUGGGAACCACCGUUUAAAAUUAAAUCAGGACAUAAUCCUGAGUUAUUAUCAAUAGCUCAUUUAACUUGGAAUCAUGGAUUACCAGCUGGAACCUCUGAGGUAGAAAUUAUUAAUAGAAUGAGAAUCAGAAAGUCAUGGGAGGCAGUUCUUCCUCCUAUGGAUACUGCACUUAACAUAAAAAAGCGAGAAGCUAUAUUAACCACAUUGGAAAUAGAAGAGUGGGCAUUUAGAGAAUCAGAGAUUCAAGCAAUAAUGGAUUACAGACUUGAAUUAUUAAAUGAGAUAUCUAAACAACGCGAGUAUGAAAAACAACAAAAAUUGCAAGAUCGUUUUGAUAGAUUGGACAAAUAUUUAUCUACACGUAGGGAUAAAGAAAUAAAUGUUAUUAAAUAUAAUCUUAAACGAGAUCUGAGAAAAUUAUAUAAAAAACACCAGCAAAGUCAACAGCCCCGUAAACGUGAUAUUAUCAAGGAACAUUCUCAACUAUCAUCUGAAUUAUAUGCACCACAAAUGCGCCAUGGAGAACAUCCACAAAGAUGGCACGAAAUAUUACAAAAAGAUUUAUUGGGAGAAAAUUAUAUUGAAAAUAUAGAUAAUAUAUGUAGAUUGUCAGCACGAUUUCCAACAAUACAUAAAGAAUUGAAAAUGAUAAAACCCAAACUUAAGCCAGCUGAUCUUUGUAUCAGAGAAACAAGAUGGACCGAGAAGAAGCUGCAACAAUUGCAUUCUGAUUUGAAAACAGCCAGACUACAGGAAGAACAAAUACAGACUUCAACGUUAUUGAAACGCAAAUAUAGACAACCAUCUCUUCCUCCUACUCCAUAUAGAACAAGUACAGAAAAUGUGAAGAAUAUACAUAUAGAUCAAUUAUCUACUCUUAUACAGAAAAUAGUUAGAGGGAGAGCUGUUCAGUGCAUGAUGUUUGAAGGUCGCAAUAGAUGCAGAGAAUUAAUUCAAGAAUUGCAAUCAUCUCAUGGACUAGAACAAAACACUAAAAAGCAGCAUCAAGAAGAAAAAGAACGAAUGUUAAAUCUGCAACAUUUACAAAAUGAAAAAUCCAUGCAAGAAGAUCGUUUAAGCGAAGUUCUUAAUUGUUUAGAAGGAAUGACCAUCUCAGCAAUGUUAGAUUUUCUUAGUAAAGAACUUGUAAGAUUAGAAGAUGAACGUCGAAUACAUGCUUUCGCAUUAUUAGCUGAAAGAGAAAGAGCUAUGAGAGAAGCAGCAGAAGCUGGAAGGCGUCAGUUAGAAUAUAAUCGUCGUAGAGAGUUUGAUGAAAUGUUCAGGCAAACUAUAAAAGUUAAUCAAGAGUCUGUAGAAACCUAUCUAGAAGGCAUCAUCAAAGAAGGCAUUGAAUGGACAUCCGAUGAAGCGGCCAAAGAAUAUAUUUUAGAAUUAUGUGAUAAAGUGGAGAGUGUAUCAAAAUAUGCACAAGACAACGCAACACAAUUAGCAGAAGAAGAAAUGGUAGCUAAUAUGAUCUAUAACUUUCUAUUACCUGAAGUAGAAAAGGAUACUAUACGAAAAAAUAUAAGAGAAAAACAACAAGCUUAUUUGCAAAAUGCACACGCAACGAUUUAUAAUGAAAUAUUAAAUUUAUCACCUGUUGAAAAUACAAGUUCGUCGACUAAAAGUCAAAAUCUUCUUACACCGUGUACAUCACAGAAAUAAAAUAAGAAUUUUAGGGUCAUCCUUACAGGGUCACCAAUCGCUGAUUUUCGGAUCCAUCUUGUAAGAUUGUUAAGUAUUGAUAAAUUUCUUUUAUCAGUCUGUUU